GCCGACAGUGAAGUGGGACCAGACGACGUCAAAUGGAAAACGCAACCCGGUACGUACCGAUCAUCUGUUCCACUGCUCAGUCUGCAGACUUCCUCGCUCUACAAGUCAUACAAAAAGCGUGUUUUAUUGUAUGGUUCUUGGUCUGCCCAAAGGUUCUUGCCGCAUCCGCAAACUGUCCUCAGAAGAAGAGUCUGCCUUGGAUUCAAUCCAGUACAUCUCUUGCCUUCACAGAUCUGGUCUGAGCUCAGGCACAGAGCUCCCCCCAUCCCACCAUGGAUUUCGACGAUGAUGCCCCCCCCGAUCUAGUAGAGACGGGCACCGAGCUGCAGGAAGAGCUGCCUCCUUCGGAAAGACAGAUCAAGGUCCCCAUAACUAUCGUGACCGGCUAUCUUGGUGCUGGGAAGACGACUUUGCUCAAUUACAUUUUGACGGCUCAGCAUGGAAAGAAAAUUGCUGUCAUCAUGAAUGAGUUUGGCGACUCACUCGAUAUCGAGAAGUCUCUCACUGUAAACAAGGGUGACGAGCAAGUGGAGGAGUGGCUGGAAGUUGGCAACGGGUGCAUCUGCUGCUCUGUUAAAGACACCGGCGUCAAUGCCAUCGAAUCGCUCAUGGAAAAGAAGGGCGCAUUUGACUACAUUCUGUUGGAAACCACAGGCUUGGCCGACCCUGGUAACCUCGCCCCCCUGUUCUGGGUCGACGACGGCCUGGGAAGUACCAUCUACUUAGACGGCAUUGUAACGCUGGUCGAUGCGAAGAACAUCCUCCGCAGUCUCGAUGACCCCGCGGGCAAGAUCGAAAUUGACGAGGACCACAAGGAGAACGACAGCCACGGCCAUGGCCCGCUUAUGACGACCGCCCACGUCCAGAUCUCGCACGCCGAUGUCGUUGUCAUUAACAAGUCGGACCUCGUUUCUGAGGAAGAGUUGAACCAAGUCAGGUCGAGGAUAGAGUCCAUCAAUGGCAUAGCAAAGAUCCACAUCACCAAACAGAGCGAGGUGCCUCAGCUCGAGGGCUUCCUACUGGAUUUGCAUGCAUACGACCAGAUUACGGAGCUUGACAUCAGCCAAAAAGGGCACAGCCACUUAGAUCCCACCAUCUCCACUGUUUCGAUUCCUGUACCAAAACUGUCGCCCUCACAGUUGGACAAUGUCGAUAAAUGGCUGCGCAAGAUACUCUGGGAUCGCCGACUUCCUGGGGAUGAGGCAACAGUGCUUGAGGUCCACCGGUCAAAAGGCCGACUCAUCUUUGACAACGGCGAUGUCAAGCUUAUCCAGGGCGUUCGGGAGAUAUUCGAGAUACUCGACUCGCCGGAUCAAUCGCGCGAGGCGGCGCAAGCUCACGAGGGCAAAAUUAUCCUCAUUGGAAGACACCUGAAGGGCGUUGACUUUGAAAAGAGCUUCGCGGACCUCCUCAUCUUGAGCACAUAGCAAUCAACACAUGCAUCGUACACCUCAUGAUUCGACAUAGCGGGGU